AUGGCUCUGCUGAUCUAUGUUGAUGACAUUUUGGUGGAAGGAACAGACUCACAUCAAAUUACUAAGCUAAAACAAUUUCUAGAUAAGACCUUUAAGAUAAAGAAUCUUGGACACCUGAACUAUUUCCUUGGACUUGAAGUUUACAGAACCUCUGAAGGGCUGAACUUGUGUCAAAGGAAGUAUGCUCUAGAAAUCCUAGAGGAAAAUGGAUUUUUGGAUGCUAAGCCUGCACAAACACCAAUCACUGCUAGGAAGAAGCUUACCAGUCUUGAGGGGACACUCCUUGAUAAGCCUGAGCAAUAUAGAAGACUAAUUGGCAAGCUUCUCUAUCUGACAAACACUAGACCAUACAUUUCCUAUGCAGUUCAACAAUUAAGCCAAUUUGUUGACAAACCUAGGAACACACAUCUCAUGGCUGCUCACAGAAUAUUAAGGUACAUCAAAGGAUCUCCUGGAAAAGGAUUGUUCUAUCCAGCUUGUUCUCAAAUCAAGAUGCAAGGAUUUUCUGAUUCUGAUCGGGCCACUUGUUCAGUAACUAGAAAGUCCAUCACUGGUUAUUGCAUCUAUCUUGGGCAAUCCCUAAUAUCAUGGAAAACAAAGAAGCAGGUUACUGUGUCAAGAUCAUCAUCUGAGGCAGAAUAUAGAGCCUUAGCAUCUACUGUGUGUGAAAUUCAAUAG